CCCGCUGUAUUAAUUGAGCCGGCGGGUGGGGACGCUGGGAUUUUGCUGCAAGUCGCGAGCGCUGGUGUUGUAGCUGCUUCACCCGCUUCGUUUAUCAUCGCCAUGAGGGAGAGAAGGACUCCUCAGCCAGUAGUGGCCCGGUGCAAGCUGGUUCUGGUGGGGGAUGUACAUUGCGGCAAGACGGCCAUGCUUCAGGUGCUGGCCAAAGACUGCUACCCGGAGACCUACGUGCCCACAGUUUUUGAGAACUACACAGCAUGCCUGGAAACGGAGGAGCAACGGGUGGAGCUCAGUCUGUGGGACACAUCUGGAUCCCCAUACUAUGACAACGUGCGCCCCCUAUGCUACAGUGACUCAGAUGCUGUCCUGCUCUGCUUUGAUGUUAGUCGCCCCGAGACCAUGGAUAGUGCAAUGAAGAAGUGGAAGACUGAAAUCUUGGACUAUUGUCACAAUACCCGUGUGCUGCUGAUAGGAUGCAAGAUAGACCUGCGUACCGACUUCAGCACCCUGAUGGAGUUGUCCCACCAAAAGCAAGCCCCAGUCUCUUAUGAACAGGGUUGUUCUGUAGCCAAGCAGCUGGGAGCAGAAAGUUACCUAGAAUGCUCUGCCUUCACAUCAGAGAAGAGCGUCCACAGCAUCUUCCGGACAGUGGCAUCCCUCUGCCUCACCAAGUCUGGCCUCCCAGGGCCCCCCAAGAGCCCUGCCCGAAGUUUUCCCAAGAGACUUCUCCAUCUUCCCAGCCGAUCAGAGCUCAUUUCUUCCACUUUUAAGAAGGAGAAAGCAAAAAGUUGUUCCGUCAUGUGAAGGGCCGGCUGCAGAGGGUGGUGAUGGAACCGCUGUGGACUCUGGGCCUCCAGGUGGCCCCUCCAGGGUGGGAUUCAGAGAAUGGAUUGCCUUUUCCAAGCCAGAGCUGGAAAGUUAAAGAAAGAUCCAGUUUCCCUCUCUUCCCAUUUUGAGCAGACCUGCUGUCCAGGGAGGAGAGGGAAACAGCAAAACGUGGCUGGACUGCUUGAAUGAAGAUUGGCGCAAGACGUGCCUGCUCUGCAAGGUCUUGGGGCUUGGCACAGCAACAUCUUGGACCGUAGCAGCUCUGGGGACUAUUGUGCAUAUUAGAAGGAACUGAAAAAGAAUCGCCACCGCCAUUAUCCUGCCUCGCCGAUGCACAGUUAAUAUCUUCCUUUGGCCCUAGGUUAUCACAUCCAUCUGCUGCUUGUCAUUUGCCUGUCUGAUGCGGACUAAGUGCAAGCGUCUCUCCUUUCUCCCUCUAUGCCAACACAUGAAUCCCUCUCUGUAUCUAGGUGCCCAGGCACCCUUCCUUGUGGAGAUAAAGCUAGGGGUGGGAGGAGAGAAUGACCUUCUAUUGAUCUUAUGUGUGUUGAAAGAAAGAAAAUGGGGGGGCGGGGGAGUCUGUGAAAUGUUCAGUGUUAUUAAAAGAGAACCUAUUUAUUAAUGAAAAUAUAAUACAGAUUAACGGUCUUAUUCAAAGGGCUUUCUUCUUUGUCACCACCUCUCUUCUGCUCUCCCCAUGAUAGAAGGAACAAAGACAAAACUAUUUUACAAAACUUCAAAUUUGAUUCCGUUCCCUCAUCUCCAAAGGCAGAGGGGUUGGUUCCUCUUCUAGCUUUGGGUCAAAGUCUUAAAGUAAUCUUUAGCAUUUCCAGAUGACUCUAGCAAGAAACUCUGGGAGCUACCUUUUAGUCAAUCAAAGAAAAGGAAAUCAGCUGGAUCUAGGAUAGGCAAUACAUAUAACUUUUAAUUAAAUUCCAAUACCCAUCAAUCCUAGUCUUUUUGGCCAACAGAGGAUGCUGACAGUUACAAUUAAUAGCUUUUGGGAGGCUGCUUUGUUUUGGUUCCUGAAACAAGCUUUUUAUUUCAGCCUUGUAUUCCCAGGCCAGGAUUAGAUUUGGAGAUCUAUUCUGCAAACGCUGCUAUGCUGAAGGUCCGUGACUUUAAAUAGUGAUCUUUAAUUUAAACUGCAUGUCCUUUCAGUAUGGUGAUCAUAAACUGCCCCAGUAGCUCUUGUGGGCUGGUUGUGGCCUGGUUUUAAUGGACAAACUGAGCCUUUAUCCAGUAGCAUCUGAAUUAUGUUUCUGGUUGCAGUGAUCCUGUGAAUGCUAAGGGCCCCAUGGAAUCUGAAGACUUUAAAAUGUCAAAUUGAUACAACCACCACAGUAGGACAAAUCCUUUGGUUCUGGAAAAAACACAUUGCUGCUUCUAUCAUAUCAGCCUAUCUACUAAUUAUAUAUUUAUUUAGAUUUUAUUUUGUUGAGUUCAGAACAUAUCUAGCACACACACACACACACACCUCUAUAUUUCCCCAAGACAAUCCUGAAUGGAAUUGUCAUGGAAGAGGCCACUUUUGUUUGACAAGUAUAGGUAGUCCUCAACUUACGACCACCAUUGAACCCAAAAUUUAUGUUGCUAAAUGAGACAUUUGUUAAAUGAGCUUUGCCCCAAUUUAUAACCUUUCUUGCCAGAGUUGUUAAG